CGAAGCUAGAUCGAUAAAUAAUCUAUUUAUCGUCAUAUCUUAAAAAUUAAUAAUAAAUUCUUAGUUAUAUUAAAUUUAGUAUUGUUGUGCCUUAGAUUUAAAUUUGUUAUUAAGUUUAUUUGUGAUUGAUUCGAAAACAUGACGGGAGUUAAACAUUUAAGUACCGAAUCCAAACGACCAGGACCAGUUCCUGAAGGAAAAUUGAGAUUAUAUUCAAUGCGGUUUUGUCCGUAUGCUCAGAGGAUUCAUCUAGUAUUGGAUGCAAAAGAAAUUCCAUACGAAACCGUUUACAUUAAUUUGACAAAUAAACCUACAUGGUUAAAGGAAGUUAGCCCUCUUGGAAAAGUGCCCGCUUUAGAAUUGCCAAAUGGAAAAGUAUUGUAUGAAAGUUUAAUCAUAGCAGAUUAUCUCGAUGAGGAAUAUUCCAAAAGGCCACUUCAAGAUAAAGAUCCUUUAAAGAAAGCAUUAGAUAGAAUUGUGGUCGAGAGAUUCAAUGAGACAAUUGGUGCAAUGUUCCGCAUCUUUCUCAACCAGGAAGGCCAAAGCAUCACCACUGUACUAAUUGGUUUGGAUUACUUCGAAGCCAAAUUGGUUCAUAGACAACAGACUGCUAAAGAUCCUGCUGCUCACUUUUUCCAUGGUACCAAACCUGGUAUGGUGGACUACAUGAUCUGGCCAUGGUGUGAACGUGCUGAUCUGAUGACCAUUCUUGCACAGCGUAAAGUUUUUGAACUUGAUUCAACUAGAUAUCCAGCUCUGCUAAAAUGGCGUUUAGCUAUGAUUGAAGAUGAAGCUGUUAAAAAGAGUAUAUUAUCAGCUGAAGUUCAUGCAGCUUAUAUUCAGAGUAAACGUGAUGGUGAUGUGAACUACGAAAUACCUUUAAAUCAGCCAACCAAAAAGGCCAGGAUGGCUUAAUCAAAAUCGAAUUUAUGUUUUAGAAUUGCACGAGAAAAAUCAACAUUCACACAAUUCACCUUAAAGUAAACCCAGAAACUGAUGAUGCAAGUACUAUUGAGAGAGUAUACAUAUAUUUAU